GUCAUCCGCUACUCCGUAAGUAAAGAAGCACCCGAACCCAGCCCCGCACUCUCCGUUGAAAAAUCCGUUCCUUCCUCCAUUACUUUAGCGAAGUAUCCACUCUAUCUAUCCAGCUAUCUCCUCUCCCGACCUCCAUCACCUGCCUUCACAUCCAUCCGCUCAGCCGGAAAUCCACCUCUCUCCGCCGGAAUCUCUUCCUCUUGACCUUCCGGCCGCCGGAGCCUCUCAAUUCUCUACUGAACCUUCCUCCUUUUCUCUGUUUCCUCACAAUCAAUUUCAGAAAUGGCUUCCUCAAUCUACUACUUAUCUCCCACACUUCCCAUCCCACCACCAAAAUUUUCGCUCUCGCUCCCGCUCCCGCCUUCGCAGGUGAGACCACCGAACUCCGUUUUCGUGCCAACGUCCGCUUCAUUUCUCUGCUCUUCGGGUUCGAAACUCCGCAAGAAGAACGGCUACAGGAACGACGGGGCGCUGUUCACCCUAUCUUGCUCCACCUCUGCCUCGCCCUUCUUCGGCAGAGUUGGCUCCCAGCAAAGGGAAGGGAACUCUUCUCUCUUGUACUUCGGGGCCAAUUACCCGAAUGCGGAGGCGGCCAAAACCGAUUCCUCUCAGGUUUUGUCGGCAAUGCUCCCGUUUGUCGUUGCCGCCACUGCCGUCGCGGCUCUCGCUCAGCCGUCCACUUUCACUUGUUUAUUACAGCGUUACGAGUUUUUGAUUUGGAGCUCAUAAGACUAUGUAAUGGGAGGGUAUCAAAGGAGAUGUAUGCUCCAGCUCUUGGUGGAAUCAUGCUGUCAAUAGGAAUUAGACUCUCCAUUGAUGAUUUUGCUCUUGCCAUGAAAAGACCUUUACCACUGUCUGUUGGGUUUAUCGCGCAGUAUGUGCUCAAACCGGUCCUUGGGGUAUUCAUUGCAAAGGCAUUAGGCAUGUCCCAGAUGUUCUAUGCUGGAUUUGUUCUCACCUCAUGUGUUGCGGGGGCACAGUUAUCUAGCUAUGCUAGUUUUUUGAGCAAAGGCGAUGUGGCACUGAGCAUUCUCCUAACUAGCUCAAGCACCAUUGCAUCAGUACUUGUCACACCUCUUUUAACUGGCCUUCUGAUUGGCUCUGUUGUUCCAGUUGAUGCUGUUGCAAUGUCAAAGUCAAUCUUGCAGGUUGUUCUUGUUCCGGUCUCUCUUGGUCUUGUGCUCAAUACAUAUGCAAAGCCAGUUGUAAAUCUGAUCCAACCUGUGAUGCCAUUUGUGGCUAUGGUGUGUACUUCGUUAUGUAUUGGUAGCCCUCUAGCAAUCAAUAGAACCCAAAUUCUGUCUCCAGAGGGUCUCGGGCUUGUUCUUCCAGUACUGACAUUUCAUGCAGUGGCAUUCACAGUGGGCUAUUGGGUCUCCAGGAUUCCAGCUUUCGGGCAAAGUGAAGAAGUAAGCAGGACAAUAUCACUGUGCACAGGGAUGCAAAGCUCAACACUAGCAGGUCUUCUGGCAAGCCAGUUCCUUGGAAGCAGCCAAGCUGUUCCACCGGCAUGCUCGGUAGUUGCCAUGGCAAUCAUGGGUCUGUGUCUCGCAUCUUUCUGGGGAAGUGGUUGCCGGAUAAGAAACCUACUGUCCUCCUUCAUUCCGCAAUUCAGCUCCAUCGUAGAGGCUUAGCCCCAUUAAGGUAGGGGCUUUAGCAUCAAUAGGAAUACCCUCUGCAGCAGUGAAUGGGGUUUAUUAUUAGUUUGUAUUAACGCCUCAACUUGGAGAAGGAAUAGUAAGUAUAGGAAAAUUAGCAUAUAGGAGAUCAGCGGAGCAUGGUGGAAACGGGAAACAAGCAGAGCGGUGUUGUAUAGUUAGAAAAACAAAAGGCUGUUUUCCCCCUUUGCCCAUUGUAUAUACGUGCACUUACCAGAGUGUAUAGUAUAAUUGUCUCUUCGUUAGUUCUAACUUCUAAGUACCAGGUGGCAGUUUAUAUGUUUGGAGCUAAUGUUCAAUUUCCUUUUUUACCAAGACAGCAUGACUAGUGGUUAGUGACACUGAAUUUUAUGCUUAGUGGUUUGGUUGUGAUUUGUGAAUGUUAUAUUUAGUGACUGACUGCUA